AUCGAAGCUUUACCCGUCCCGGCUUUCAAUAUUCCAUCAAUCGAACUCACUUUAAUAUAUCUGCUGUUCAACUUAGCAUUUGCGCUCCACUAACGAUCUUGUACCACUACUUACAACAUGGCCAUGGCUGUUCCUAUAGCAAGGACGACAGCCAAAACCUUGGCCUGUGCGGAGUGUCGGAGAUGGGCACUACGGUCGUUCAUUGGGAGUAUAGGCGCAAGCACGGCUCCACGCCCGCCACAAGUACAAAGACGAGCCUUCUCCCGCACAGUAACGAGGAGCAAUGAGGCUCGGGAGCGAGUACAACACGACGAGCAUGCCCUCAACGAGAUCAACGAUAUUGGAAGCGAAAAGAUGAUCACCCAAGCGAGACCACAAGCCUCCCGCCCGGCUCAACGUGGAAUGAAUGAUCUCGAAUCGACGGGUGCGGGCGAUGAGCUUCAGAGCGGACAUUCAACGAGACGGGAUGAGGAGAUGAGCGAUGGAGCUCAAGGCCGUCUGUCCUAUUCGCAGUCGGCGUUGCCAGACGAAACAGAUGAAGCUCACGAACUCGCAAGGGAGUCGGACCUCCAAGAGGAAGACGCUCCGCCACCACCCUCAAACACCCCUCCGGAGCUCCCUUGGUACCUCCGCGUCCAACAAGAAACUCAAGCCCUCCAGCCAUCCGAAUCACCAAUGGCAGCCCGCCAACGCAUCCCCGACCUACCCUCACAUCCUCCAGCGAUACUACAACCCCUCAUGGAGCACGUCUCAGUCAAUCUAGGCCUGGACGACCUAUCCCUGCUCGACCUUCGCACUCUACAUAACCCUCCGCCGGCGCUCGGAGCGAACCUUCUAAUGCUGCUUGGGACGGCCCGUAGCGAGAAGCAUCUACACGUCAGCGCCGACCGACUCUGUCGCUGGCUGCGCUCUGAGUACAAACUCACACCCUCUGCCGAUGGACUGCUUGGCCGCAAUGAGCUGAAGCUGAAGUUACGCCGACGGAUGAAGAGAGCGCGACUCAUGAGUGCCGCGGGUGGGAGUGCGGAGGUGGACGCUGAUAUGGAGGGAAUACGGACCGGCUGGGUUUGCGUGGACGUGGGACGGGUGGAGGGAGGCGAGCUGCCGGAGCAGGAGAAGCGUAGGGAGGAGCGGGAGAGGGGCGUUGUGGGGUUUGGGGUGGGAGUCAGAGGGUGUAGUGUCGUGGUGCAGAUGUUGACGGAGGAGAAGAGGGGUGAGGUGGACUUGGAGAAGUUGUGGAUGGGGAUUUUGAGGAGGGCGGAGCGGGAGAGGUUGGAGGCUGAGAAGGAGGCGGAGGAGAGGAGGGUGGAAGGGGGGCAGGGACGAGAACGGUCGGUGUUGAUGCAGGAGCUGGACGCGCCCGGUAUGGCCUCGAGUGUCGGCUCGGUGCAGCGGGAUGCUGGGAUGGCGGCUGGGUAGACUCGUCAAGGUAAGGUCAGAUGAGCUUGUGAAAGCAUGUCAUCCGCGUUGCUACACGACUGAAACGUAGUCGUAGUUGAAUAGACUUGGCUGAGACAAUCUGUAAGAGUACCUGUAUCAAUGUGCACACGGCCUACAGCACCGCAACAGCAGACGUCGAAGGCAUGGUGGAUGGGUCCUGGGUCGCGUGGAACGAGACUAGGCUAGUUGAGGCGUCGCCGCCUGAUGCCGUCGAGUGGUAACGAGAGCGAUGUCAGCUGCACGUUUCUCCG